ACUUCGGAACACAUCAAACGUUUCUCCCCUGUCGCCUUGAAAAGACUAACGCCGCACUCGACCGCUGCAGAAUGGCUUCGAGAAGCACGUCUCAUCUGUGUUCAAGAUGCAGCUCCAUCUUUUCCCGUGCAGAAACCAUAGAGUAUAUGCCCACUUCCGGGCCGCCGCUUCAGUGGGAGCUUCCCAUUGACAAGCCGACUUACGCUCAUUACAAAAGCCGCUCUGAGCUUCAGCAAUCCGCCGGAGAAAAGUGUUAUAUCUGCGUUCGCAUUUUGGAAUGGAUGAAUCCGAUCGAGGCUGAGGAAGUGUCGGAUAGGGAACCCGCUGCGGAGGUACUGGAUGGGAAACCCGCUGAUCGAGAUCGACCCGUAAACAUCAGCUACUGUUUAACAACAGCGGCUAAGGAUUCUUCCGAGAAACUUAAGGAGAUCGGCAUUUGGUUUAUUGAGGGCGACAAGCUUCUCUACGAAUCACUCAGGUUAAUCGGCCGAUUUGUGGCUAUACCGGCGCAAGAAGUCGACCCAUAUAUUUCCAAAUUCAGAUAUACUGUGCCGAAUAAUCCGGCUAUUCAUACCGACAUGGUGGUUUUGCUCAGACAAUUCAUCAUUAUUCGUAUUGUGAAAACUUGGCUUUCUGCCUGUCGUGAGCGACACAAAAUAUGUUCAUGGUCAGCUAAAGGAGAACUCCCAACGCGUCUGGUCGCUGUGGAUAGAACCGAAGAGAAGAAAGGUCUUUCUAUACGGUUAUGCCAUAGCGAUUCGCUCCCUCGCGAGACCGAAUAUGUGUCGCUCAGUCAUUGUUGGGGUAAAGUCCCCUUCUUCAAGUUGACACAGGACAAGCUGCAGGAGCUGGAACAGUCAAUACCACUACAACAGCUGCCUAUGGUGUUCCAAGACGCAAUAAGAAUUACAUACGAUCUAGGAUUUCGCUACAUCUGGAUUGACUCCCUUUGCAUUAUCCAAGACUCAAGAGACGAUUGGCAUAAGGAAAGUCUUGCCAUGGACCGGGUCUAUCUUAAUGGUGUUUUGAAUCUUGCGGCUACGGGAUACCGAAAUGGACAGGAAGGCCUAUUAAGGUUCACCGAACCAAGAGAAAUCAUGCCGCCAAAGAUUGAUUGUGUCAAGUUCAAUUCACACAGUCCUAAAUACUCGGUCUUUCCCUCAUUCGACUGGACGAGAGAAGUAACUAGAGCGCCACUCAACGAACGUGGAUGGGUCUGCCAAGAGCAAGUCAUGUCUCCAAGAACGCUACAUUUUGGUCGAAGGCAAAUGUACUGGGAAUGUUAUACCGCAAGCUGUUGCGAGUCGUUUCCCUCAGGUGCCCCAUUCUUCAACCCAUCAUCCAUCAAAAUGCGGGUAGUGCAACCAAUAGAGCGUUAUAGCGAGUUGACUAAACCGGAGCUCUAUGUCCAGUGGACCGAAUUUGUCACCGAGUACUCGACUAGAAAAUUGACCUUCGAUACCGACAAGCUUCCGGCCAUCUCCGGCAUUGCGAGGGUAUUUAUGAACUUGUUGAAGGACAGAUAUGUCGACGGACUGUGGGAAAAUGACAUAUACCGGGGACUACUCUGGCAUGCCACAGGAGACAUAACUGAAGUGUCCUCAUAUAGGGCACCAAGCUGGUCUUGGGCGUCGAUAGAUGGCCCCGUCUCUUUUCUCAGCUCCCUGAACGUACAAUGGGACACGAUGGCACAAAUACAUGAAAUCAAAUCAACUAUGCGAAACGAAACCACGGACGGUGAGGAAUCGGGUGGCGAGGCGUCGGGCCGCGAGGCGCCUGGCGGAUACAUUCGAAUUACGGGGCUACUACUUAAGCUAAAGAUCGAUAAAAUUCCAGUCAAUGCGAUCAGCAGCAUGAUAAGACUCCAGAGGCGGUGGGAUCUCAGUGCCGACGAUCCCCUCAAUAUCGUUUUCAGUCCAUAUGAACAGAUCGGAACUCGAGCUGAUAUGAUGAUUCGACAUUCGAACCCUGAGUUUCGCCAAAGCAAAGACUUAGUUAUCAUGCCUUUAGUCCAUCAUACCUACGAUAAAGAAUGGGUAGCGAUUUAUGGGCUUGUUCUGAGCCUUCAACCAGGACGGUCGGGAUACUAUAAGAAGGUCGGUGUCUACGAGACCUCUCGAAAGACUGAAGGAGGGAUGUUCUGGCUGCAGAAUCCUAAACCUAUUGAAUCUCGCUAUUACCAAGAGUUUUACGGGAUAGCAGGAUAUACUAUUACGAUAUUAUAAAAUAAAUCGUCCCUUUUUGUGAAGGACGGGAUGGCAGGAUGUCACGCAAGCUACAAGCAGGUUUAACGCAAUAGAUAUAAUAAUGCUCGUCUUC